GAAGAAGCAUGUGGAUUUUGAUGCCAAUAUGAAUCCAAUUGGUGAAGAGAAGGACAGAUUCAUUAGCUAUAUAGGCUCCGUUGCCCGAAGCAAAGUCAAUAUUCUAUGGCCUAAUUGGAAGUCAAUUUCUAAGGAGACGAAGGAUAGGAUUUGGGAAUAUAUUUUGCAAACGUAUGACAUCCCUCGUACUGAGCAAAUGAAAAAGCAUUUGUUGCAGCAAGUUCGUCAGCGCUGGAAAGAUUUUAAGCACACACUCACGAGCCAGUAUGUGCGAGGGUCUAGGAAAGAUGAUGAUCCGUGCGAAAAAUACUCCUUCCUUGAUCCAGAUGAUUGGAGGAGGUUUGUGGCAUCACGGCAUGAUCCUAAAUUUCAGGAAUUAAGUGCGAUGAAUAAAGAAAGGUAA